CAAUGGGAGGCGGAGGGCUGGGUAUAGUGCGCUCGGCGGUGAGGGGCCCGUGGGUUGUUCAGAGUCUACGGUUUGCCAGCGCUCACUGCCUUCGCUUCCUCCUUCAAUCACGCACCGGCUUUUUCUCUUUGUGCUCGUCUUCUCCUGCCGCCAUGCCGCACGGCCCCGUGUCUGCUCUGCUGCGGCCCGGCGGCGUCCGCUUGUCGCCGCGUCGCUGAAGGAGAAGGAAGCAACGAGGACGAGAUUGAUCGCCCGCUGCCUCAUGCCGCGGCCCUGUCCCGCCGCCCGACUGGAGACCUGCAUGGACGGGCAUGGGGAGAGUUGCGUCUUCCCGUGCCGUCGGGGCUGAGCCACCAUGCUUCCCAUCGCUUGCCGUCCUCGGCCUGCUUGCCGCCCUGGGGCUGAUGCUGGGCUCAGGUGACUGCCAGCUGCAAACAACUUGUCGAAUCCAGAAGUGCACCACUGAUUUUGUAUCCUUAACUUCACAUCUAAACUCGGCUCUUGAGGGCUUUGAUUUGGAGUUCUGCAAGGCCCUGCGAGCAUAUUCUUCCUGUACCUAUCGCAAUUCCAAAGUAUGCCGUGGAAACCUAGUCUACCAUUCUGCAGUGCUCGGGAUCAGUGACCUCAUGAGCCAGAAAAACUGUUCCAAAGAUGGACCCACAUCUUCCACCAACCCUGAAGUGACCCAUGAUCCCUGCAAUUACAGUGACUAUACAGAAGCCAGAAAACAUCAAGGAGGGGAGAAUAUUCCUUCUCCUACUUACUUAUUUUGUGGCUUGUUUGGUGAUCCUCAUCUGAGGACUUUUAAGGAUCACUUCCAGACAUGCAAAGUGGAAGGUGCUUGGCCCCUCAUAGAUAAUAAUUACUUAUUGGUACAAGUGACCAACGUGCCUGUGGUCCCAGAAUCCAGCGCUACUGCUACAAAUAAGAUAACUAUUAUCUUUAAAUCAUACCAAGACUGUACAGAUCAGAAAGUAUAUCAAGCAGUGACUGAUGACUUACCUGCAGCUUUUGUUGAUGGUACAACAAGUGGAGGUGAAGGGAACAGCAAGAGCUUGCAAAUUGUGGAGAAAGUCAGUGGCAAAUACAUUGAAAUGCAUGCCAGGUAUAUUGGGACCACGGUCUACAUACGUCAGCUUGGGCACUACUUAACAUUGGCCAUUCGCAUGCCUCAGGAGCUGGUCACAGCCUACGAGGAGAGCCAGGAUCUGCAGCUCUGUGUGAACGGUUGCCCUUCAAGUGAACGUAUUGAUGAUAAUGGCCACUUACCACUGCAUGUGAUGGGGCAGUUGCUCCCUCAGGGUGGUGCUGCUCAUCCCUGGUCAGUGUACACACUGGAAACUGCUACCACAAAAUGCCAUGAGAAGAUGCUGAUGAAGGACAUAUAUUUUUAUUCAUGUGUAUUUGACCUACUCACCACUGGUGAUGCUAACUUCACAACUGCUGCUCACAGUGCCUUGCGGGAUGUGGAGGCACUGCACCCCAGAAAAGAACACUGGCAUAUUUUCCCCAGCAGUGGAGGUGGUGGUGUGGGCAAGGGUAGCAAAUUUUCUGUCAGUUUGGGACUUGUGUGCUUGAUCUUUGUUGCAUUUUUUUUUUUAGUUUUACUAUAACAAAGUUUUGAAAUAUAUAUUGUCAUAAUAUAUUGAGUAAAGGUGAGUAUUUGUGUAUAUACCAUGUAUAUGAAGGGAUGUUUUGUUUUGGGACACCCACUAGAUUGUACAUAUUGUGUUAACUGUUUUCAUGUAUGUUUGAUGUAAUAUUCUUUGUAUCUGUUUAUUUUGCAGUUGGUGAAAUGUUUUAUAAUGUCCCUGCACUGGGACCUGAUAGAAAGCACUUUAUUUUUAUAUAUUAAAUAUAUAUGUGUGUAUCUGAGUAACUAUGUAUUAUACAUAUGAACAUGUACAUACCGUACUUGGUGCUCCCUCUAAGUACUACUUGGCUUAACAAAUUAUUUUUAACUGGAUUAAUUUAUGGGUUUUUUUCUGUCACUUCUCUUACUCUAGAGACAGUAUGUCUCUUGUCCUGUAAUGACACUGGUGAUUUGCUGGAUUCACUAAUUAAAACCAUUAAGAAUGGGAUUGUCCCUCAAUCAAAUGGCCAUCCCUUAUUCUGGAGGGAGAGAGUGAAGGGCUUCCAAUUAACUCAGAUAACCAUCUCGGACAAUGUGAAUUACAGAGCCUUCUUUGUAAUUUUGACAUUUCCUAGUUUCAUGGCAUGAGUUUCAAAAGAAGAAAAGGAAAUGUGUUGGAGUGAGACUUACGUAGCUUUGUAGAACCAGUGGAGAAGAUAAUUUUGAAAGAUAUUAAUGGUCUAGUUGUGUAAGCAUGUAACGUAACUACUGCAUCUGCCUCUAACCUUGAGGUCAUUCUCGGAGAUAGACUGGAGAAGUCAUAAGCCUGAUCUCUGUCCCUUGCUUAGGUGCUAAUUCUAUCUAUACAUUCAGAAGGAGGAGGGGAGUGAGGCUGCAGGCUCUGACUACUUUUACUGAGGAGCUAGGAGAAGAAUGAUUUGGUGGCCUGAAGGUUGGUUUUACUUAGUGCCGUAAUCUGCUGCAAGAAUUGGAAGCUUUAAUACAUGCUGCAAUAAACCCAGCUCCAAGACUGUCUUCUUUCACUCUUAAAACUGUUCAUCUGAGACUGGACUUCUAAGUUAGAAGUGCUAUCUGAAUAAGACUCAAAUGGCACUUGCCUUUGUUAAGCAAACUUGAGCUAGUGUUCACCUUGGUGGAGGAAGAUGGGAGUCUGUUCACAGAAUGAGAGCUCCUAGUUUUAAUUAAGAUUCUUUUGGCUAUAUUAGGGACUGUUGACUGGUAAAGACAGGGAUAGUCUUCUCAAAGAAACUAAUUCUGUGUAUGGAUGGGUAAUUCCAUACAGGUGUUAUUCUGGCAAUUCUUGAGAUGAAAGUAGUCAGAACUGAGUUGAGGCUAAAGCUAAUAUUUAUUUUAGACUAGACUAUUGGCAGGUUGUGCUGACAGUGCCAUUUCAGAUGAGUUAGACUUGCGGAUUUAUGAUAUGUUUGAUAAUAUGCCUCCUGUGGUUUCAUCUGAUGGUGAUAGGCUUCUCCUUAUUUUGUGUAGCUGAACUUACUCAUCAAUGCUCUGAAUUUAAAGUUCUCAUGGCUGAAAGCCGAUGAAUGGACCUGGUGUUGCUUGCAGUAGUGCACAUAUUUACUGGGUAGGCAUCGUAUACUUGUUAAUUUCCUCUGUGCUUGGAUCCUAUAUGUAUACACAUAUAUACUCUGUAAAUAUGUAUACUAGCAUUGAGUUGUGAGCCUCUCAGAUAAGUAUUAUUUCAGAAAUGUAGUAAAUCCCCUAAAGAGUUUUAAUUUUUCUUGUUCCUGCUGUGGGACUUCUUGAGAAAAUGUUACUUGCACAUGUUCAUUCUUGAAGUCUGCCAUCACCAAGAGAGCUUUAGUUAAUGCUGAGCGUGGGUAUUUUGAAACUAGUGAAUGGUCUUGGGAGAGGACUUAAGCUUUUUUUCACAGGCCCUUCAAAUGGCUGUCUUUUAGAAGGCUACAGAUAUUUUUUUCCUCUAUGCUUGGAAAUCCCACAAUGUGUCAGGCUUUGCAAAACCACUUAGAUGUGGUUCAUGAAUAUACCAGUAAGUAUAUGUUUGUAUAAAAGGGUGACUGUGCAAUGUGUAAAUACUUUAAAUUACUAUGAUAGAAGAAUAAAGUUGCCUACCCUGCUGAGGAA